UGCUUUCGUGUUCUUCCCCAUCUUGUUUAGGGCUACCAAAAUUCCCAAUCCUCUCUCACUUCUUCACCCUCAUCACCUACCAUGCUUCCAAACUGCAACUGAUUCCAAUUUCCGCCCGAUAAUUGCACCCGAAAUUCCAAUUCCUCCGUCAUUUCAUCUGGGUAGCUCAAUAAUCGAAAGAAAUCGACGGUGCCUGGUGAUUCGGUUGUUGGUAUCAGAUAGGAAACAAUGAGACGGCAGGGGCAGUAUGGUGAUCCGUCUGCAAAUACUUAUGCUGCUUCGCAGAUGCAUCAUAUGGCCGGUCAAAGGGCCGAAACCAAGUCCGGUAGUUUUGAAGGGCGGUUAGAGGCCUUUACUCCGGAGAGAGAGAACCCGUACGCAAAUUCCAAACCGGAGGGUCAGUGGAGAUGGGAAGUGGAUGAAUCGAAGAUGUCUAAUUCAAUGACGUCUCGCGUGUAUAAUGAAGGUCAAGGGGGUGAUGCUUCAAGGUCAUAUUAUCAAGGGCAGAGGCCAGAUCCCAAGUUGAACUUACAGAACCGGAGCAACAGUGAAUCCAGAUCUCAGGCUCAUGAAGAAGAUAUGGAUGUUGGAUAUGAGGGAGCUCAUUUAUCACAAACUUUUGAAGGUCUUGAGAAGAAUUUUCACGAUGACAUUAUGAAACUAACCAAAGAACAGGAUGAUGCUGAAGAUGCAGAACAUGCCAGACACAGAGAGAAAAUAAAUGCAAUCAAUACUCAGUAUGAAGAAAAACUGGCGGCACUCCGAGCUCGGCAUAGCAAUCGUAGAGCUGACUUUCUUCAAAGGGAAUCAAAUGUAAGACAACAGCAGUAUGAGCAAAUCAUUAGAGAUCCUUACCCCAGCAGUGGCAUGCCACCCAGAGAACCUCAUGGUUACAGCAAUGUCGAUGUUUCGCCUGCGGGUGGAGAAGUGCAACGAGGCUAUUCUGCUGAUCACUUUGAUCCUUACCGAGAGCGAGCUCGAUUUCUUGCAAGUGGAAGAGACCAAGGAUUUGAAACUAGAGGUCCUUAUCCUGGAGGCCGUGUCUAUGACACUGGCUCACGCUACUACAAUUGAGCUUUGGCUAAAGGUUGAGGUUUCAUUUUUGGUUUGUACUGUAGGUGCAAUUUGAAUUGCAUAUAUUGACAUCGAGGCUGUGUCAUUUAACCAUCUUUUGUUAUCCUGUCUAAUGUUUACUGAUCCGUUGCUUAGCAGCUAUGUUAAAUAAAUUAAGGAUAAAACUUACAUGCAGUACUUUGGUUCAUUGGUGUUGGAGGUGCACACAUUACACUGGUGUUGUGCAUUUAGAUGUAGGAUCAGCAUUUGUUUAGAGCAAAUGGAAUGGAGGAACUCUCGUCAGUUGCUAAUAGUAAUUUUUAUAUAACUUCUGUUUA